UUUUUGUUUCAGUGGAAUGCAGUUGCUCUUUGGGCAUGGGACAUUGUCGUAGACAAUUGUGCUAUCUGUCGUAAUCAUAUAAUGGAUCUGUGCAUCGAAUGCCAAGCGAAUCAAGCUUCUGCCACAUCAGAGGAAUGCACAGUUGCAUGGGGCGUUUGCAAUCAUGCAUUCCACUUCCACUGCAUUUCUCGAUGGCUGAAAACUCGCCAGGUCUGCCCGCUGGACAACAGGGAAUGGGAAUUUCAAAAGUAUGGCCACUGAUGACAUUCAACUUGCUGCAAUAGAAAACUUUGUAUUUUCCGGAAAAAAUUCUCAAUCAUCCCAAAUUUUUCGUAUCUGAUUUAAAUACUUGUUUAAAAUUCAUUUGAUGUAAAACCGUUGAUUACAACACAUUAUUUGUUCGAAAAUAAACACAAGAUAAUUUAAUAUCUA